GCGCGAGUUGGGGGAAGGAGGAGGAGCGAGGUGACGCAGGCGUAAUAAUAGAGAAGGUGCCAGAAAGAUCCAAAACAAGUGGCUGCGGCCGUCGCCCAGGAGUCGUCAGACGCCGGAUUCUGGCCCUGGUUCGAGCUUGUUCCACCCCCUUUCCCCGGGUAUGGCGCUGUCUGGGUCGACCCCUGCCCCGAGCUGGGAGGAGGAUGAGUGCCUGGACUACUACGGGAUGCUGUCGCUUCAUCGUAUGUUCGAGGUGGUGGGCGGGCAGCUGACUGAGCGCGAACUGGAUCUGCUGGCCUUCCUGCUGGAUGAGGCCCCCGGCGCCGCCGGCGGCCUGUCCAACGCCCGUAGCGGCCUGGAGCUGCUUUUGGAGCUGGAGCGCCGCGGGCAGUGCGACGAGAGCAACUUGCGGCUCCUGGGGCAACUCCUGCGAGUGCUCUCCCGGCACGACUUGCUACCGCACCUGGCGCGCAAGCGGCGCCGGCCAGUGUCUCCGGAACGCUAUAACUAUGGCACCUCCAGCUCUUCUACAAAGAGGACAGAGGGUAGCUGCCGUCGCCGUCGGCAGUCUAGCAAUUCUUCAGAUGUUCAGCAGGAUCAGUGGGAAACAGGCUCCCCACCGACCAAGCGGCAGCGACGGAAUCGGGGCCGGCCCAGUGGUGGUGCCAGACGGCGGAGGAGAGGGGGCCUAGCUGUCCCCCGGCAGCAGCAAGAGCAGGCCAGACCCACCUCAGAAGGCAAAGUGACCUGUGACAUCCGGCUCAGAGUGCGAGCAGAGUACUGCGAACAUGGGCCAGCCUUGGAGCAGGGUGUGGCAUCUCGGCGGCCCCAGGCACUGGCGCGGCAGCUAGACGUGUUCGGGCAGGCCACUGCAGUGCUGCGCUCCCGAGACCUGGGCUCCGUGGUGUGUGACAUCAAGUUCUCGGAGCUCUCCUAUCUGGACGCCUUCUGGGGGGACUACCUGAGUGGUGCCCUGCUGCAGGCCCUGCGGGGUGUGUUUCUAACUGAGGCCCUGCGGGAGGCAGUUGGCCGGGAGGCUGUGCGCCUGCUGGUCAGUGUGGACGAGGCUGACUAUGAGGCUGGCCGGCGCCGCCUGCUGCUCAUGGAGGAGGAAGGAGGACGUCGCCCGUCAGAGGCCUCCUGAUUCUGGAUCUGGCAGGACUUGACCCCGCCUCCUAGCUUUUGGGCCACCUUCUUCCCAGGAGGAUAAAGACCAUCACUGAUCCUAGGGGACUGUCACUCCAGCAGCUUUGAGGACUGAGAUAGACAGAUGGCCAGGCCCCCUGACAGCCUGGCUCAUUGACAGCUUCUCUGACAGGAUGUGGGCUCUGAGGCCUAAACCACUUCCAGCUGAGUUUCCUUCUCAACCACCCCGCCCCGCCAGCCCCACCCUCAGGUGUGUUCCUUCAGCUCCAGGAGGCCAGGGGCUCUAGCAUGCAGAUCCCUAAGGGAAGGGCACGUAGUCACCAAGGGCCCCCUGCAUAUUGUGUCCUUGACCCUGGGCUGUGUGCACACACUGUCCCCAUGGAAGUCUCUCCUGGGCUCCUGCCCUGGCCUGCUCCACAUACUUACUUGGCUUAAGGGCUUCUCUCUCAGGAUCUCUGAUUUUACUGCCCCCAACCCUGGGCCUCAGCCACACCAGGCACUGGAGCUGGGGCACACAUGGGGCCUGCUCACCUUGCCCACACAUAGAACUGGCGCUCCACCUCUUCUGCUCCUCAGUGCUGGACAUGGACUUGCACAAGGACCUACACCUAGAGUGUCAGAUAUGUGUUGCCAGCAGGUAUCAGACCAAGUGUGCUGUUGCCCAUGAGGCCAGGACCAGAAGCCAGCUGCCUUCUCAGAAAGGGAAAGGCAAAGGCUGAGGCUUGGGGGCUGAUGGGAAAGGUAUUUUCUAAAUGGCACCAAUAAAACUGCCCCGGAAGGGGUAUAGGUGGGCAUCAGGCUUCCCGGGACUUUUUCUUAAUGGGAUGGAUGAAGGAGCUGAUGAGAGCCUGGGCCUAGUACCAAUCCUGGAGUUCUUGGCCCAGUGUCAGGCUGGAGGGUGAACAGGAUGCCAGAUCAUGUCAGUUGCUACCACAGGCUUGCUCCCUUCUCUGGGCCUCAGUUUCCUCCUCUGUCAAAGGAAGUACAGUCAUACCUCAGUACUACUCAGCUUCAGACCUCGUCACACCUGGUACUCAUUGCAUUUUGAUGAGAAAAAAGUGUUUUGGGACUCGUUGCCCUUGCUAGAACUGGUAUGAGUCACAGUGCCGCCCUGCAAGACUAAGUGUGCUUCACUAGGUACUCAGUGGUGUCCACACUCGUCAUGAGUUCUGGAACGAAAUAACAAUGAGUACUGAGGUACCACUGUACUGCCUUGAAGUCACAAACACUUGCAGCCCCGCUGACACAUGCUUGGUCCUUGGGAGUGCCAGUAUUUUUAACUUGUUCAGUGAUGUGGGCCAGCUGUCUGCGAGGCUGACAGCUCAGAGGGUUUGGAAACCAAGCAGAUCAGCAGCCAGGUUUCUCUGCCUCUCCAGGUGGUUCCCCACACAUCACCUAGACAGUCACCUUCUCAAAUUUGGGUCUCUGUUCUUUCUCUUACUGAGGCCAAACACUUCUUCGUGCCCCCCAGUGGCUGCAGGAGGUUGUAGCCUCCUGCUCUUGCCCCACCACUUGUUUAUGGGCUUAGGAACCAAGUUUCUUACACAACACCCUGGGGUUUUCUUCCUGUUUGGGAAGGGAACCAGAACUGGGGAGCUCGGGGUGGGGUCAGCAGGGAUUCUAACUUGGCUGUUCCUAUGGGAAGGGGUGGACCUACUCACACCUGGGAACCUGUCCUGGACCCUUGAACUAUGUUGAUACACAAGGGAUAAAGUGCCAGGUUUAGUAGUUGAGUCCUGGCCAGGGAGUCCAGACCUGGUCCAGCCGUUCACUUUGUGACUGCUGCUUUCCCUGCACCCUCUUUGGGAGGGAUCCCAGAUCUGUUGGGCAUACUCAAGAUCUCUUUAAUACUUAGCCUGCUGUGUGAAGUAGGGAUAUCACCCCCAGUUUGUCAGGAAAUGGGCUCAGAGAAAGGAAGUCACUUGCCUGGGGUAUAAAGAAGCAACACUGAGAUGGAAAGCAGUGCUCCCCUGGUGGACCAAGUCAGGUUGGGAGGGACGUGGGAGCUUUGCUCACUGUCUUUCCCUUGAGCUGGGGGACUGUCCUUGGCUUGGGUCUCAGUAGGCUUUCUUUGCAGAACCUUCCCAGAUUUGGGGCUCAAUUUUACUUGGGGCUUGCUGUGCUUAAGGGUAGGAACUGCUCCCUCUUGGCUGGGCUUAAUUCCAGGAUCUGCUGCUCCCUCAGGCCAUGGUACCUGUCUCUUAACCCCUAGUGAGUGAUGGGCCGCCUGCGCCCCCCACCCCCACCCCCAGGACUGUAGGUCGGUCCUGCUCCUGUUGCUGCACUGCCUGCCUCAGCCCCGCCCUAUUCCUUAGGCCCGUCCCACACACACCACCCCCUUCCUCUACGUUCCCUUUUCGGCUCCUCAGGCUGAUGCUCCCUCGCUGGCUGGCAUGUGCAUGCGGGAAGUGAGUGUGCAACUUCGAGGCCUCUGGAGCGUGCAGGCUCAGCAUUGUCCAAGUGGUGGGGACGUUGAGGCAAUGCCUUGCCCUUCAAAGCCUCCCUGAGCACAUGUGUUGUGGAGGCCGCCUGGGCUUGUCAGAGCUCGCACUUGUGCUAGGAGUGACCCAGCAGACCCCUGAGGCACAGAAAUGGGUCAGACCCAGGCCUUAAGGAUAACCCAGGAAGAUCAAAGAGCUUCAGAAGGUGAGAAAGACUUCUGAACAGGGUGCAGCCAAGGGAAAUAAGGGACUGUGGGAGCUCAGAGGAAUGCAGGCCGGAGGAAGAGGAGCCUGCAGCUGGCUCUCGAAAGAUGAAUAGGAGUUCAACAGAAUGACACAGAGGAGAUAUUCCAGACCAAGAAUCUCACUUAAACCCUAGGGAACAUUCCCGAAUGGGAUGUAGAGAGACAUAUGGACAGCAUCAAAGGCAAAUGACAAGGUAGAGUCAGCCACCUCAUUGCAUCAGCAGUCAUUGGCUGCCACACGCUGUCAGGCAGACAUGGGCCUCGAAGAUUACCACGUGAAGUGGAAACAUGAGACAGGCCAUGCGUGCCUGGGACAUGGAAGCACAGGUUCCCCUAGGCCUCCCGUGGGCCAGGCCCUGGGCUGGCUUCUGCUGGGGACUCUGAGAGGACUCUAGCCUGGCUGCUGGCUUCUGUUCUGGUGGAUGAGCCAGACUGGGACACUGUGACUCAGCCCAGAGUAGCCAGUGAUUGAACAAGCAGCCAAGGCUGGUGGAGCCCUGGGGACCUGGGUGGAGGGGCCCAGGAAGGCUUCGUGGGUUAGGAAGUGCCCUGUUCACUCCAUUAAAAAUUACCACCACCACCACCAUCACCACCAAGAUACAUUUUAAUUGUGACUAUAACAUUCAGAAAAGUGCAUAAAACAUAAAUGUACAGUUAGGUUGUUGUAAAGUGUCUGUGCCUCUCAUGUUAAGGGAUAUAUGACCAGCACCCCAGAAGCUACCCCCCACCAUGCUACCUUUCUGUCAUGUGCUCCCUCCUGGUCACAACUGCCCUCUUUUCUUAGCUGGGAACACUAUCCCGACUUUUGAAAAUUGACUUGAGGUUUUGAGAGAGAGAGACAUCGAUUUGUUAUCUAUCCCACUUAUUGAUGUAUUCAUAGGUUGAUUCUUGUUUGUGUCCUGAACGGGGAUUGAACCUGCAACGUUGGCAUACCAGGACAACGCUUUCACAAACAGCUACCCGGCCAGGGCUAUCCUGACUUUGAAAGUAAUAAUUUCUUGCUUUUCUUUAACUUUCUAGUUUUAUAUCACUCAGUGAUAUAGUUAAUUUUAUCUUUUAUUGCACUUGACAUAA